GGCCUCUUAUUUACCGUGUUCUCCUGCUCGGAAUUGAGGCUAUGUCCAUCAAUCGAACCUCCAAGGUCUUUAUAACUUUUUAAGACCGUUCGGAUCUUGAAUAGGGAGGAGAGGUAAGACAUUGAAGACUGGAAGACUUGCAAGUUCCAAAAAUGGAAGGAUUAAAGUACUACCUAGCAAUGAAUUCAGAUUGCAACUUCUCCGAGAUUCAAAGAGACAUAGGCAUUGUCAUUAUAGUGGCAGAUCCCUCUUGUAUCAUUGAUUCUUAAAACACAGAAUUUUCACAUCUCAACAGGAAUGGAUUAUUUUAAGGAUCCCCAAAGUCUACUGGAUGGCAAAGACGUACGCGUUGCAUUCAAGAAUAUCUACGCACAUCUUCGCAUCGAUAAUGCCGAUUCUGAUUUGUUGGCGGAAGAGCUUGAAAUGUUUGUGAGAAUGGUCCACUCGCACCGAAAGCAAAGAGGUUACGCCAACGAUUUCUCUGAAUGUUCAUUGAUUUUCAAUGACCAAUUGGACACCGAACCACUCGAAAGUGCUCAACUUCCAUCAUCAUUUCCCCCGUGUCCCGAAUCUUUCACACCACUCCCACGGCUACCACCCGAGUUGCGGCAAAAUAUUUGGGGUUUAUGUGCUCCUGAAUAUGGGCGUGUCAUAGAGCUGAACAUGUCUGAAGAUUAUAUCUUUCCUACGAAACACCCUGCGCAUGCUGUCUUUCAUGUGAAUCGAGAAUCUAGGAAGCAACUCCUAUCUAACAUGGGAUACGAAACUUUGAUGUUGAAAAAUGAUCGUCACUCGAGGAUUGAAGCAUGGAGUAGGGAUGCCAUUAUCAACUUUACACAUGAGGUUCUUUUUCUCAACCCGCCAACACCAGCAAAUCUUCACCAUCCCACGGACAAUCUGCCAAACAUGUUCUCGGCGCUUAAACAAGCAAUGAAGCAAGACCAAUUAGAAAGAAUCAAAACACUGGCUAUAUCCAUCAAGUCGGCAUGGGAGGUUAGGGAAAAAGUAACUAGUUAUCUAACUGCAUUCCGAGGGCUGGAGACGCUCAUCUUGGUUUUAGAAAAUAAAAGUGUCGAUAGAAAGGAAAUAGUGCUCUCAAGAAUAAACGAACAUACAAGGUCGUAUGAUACAGGUUUGUGGAAAAAAUCAAGUUUUCUACUUGAAGUUGUCAGAAAGUGUUUUCAACAUACUCAAAGAGGGAAUUACACAAGCUGGAACCCGCCAGAGCCGGUGGUUUGUCUGAAACAAACUCGUGAUUGGAAUCAAGAAAGAUUCAUUCCAGAAUUUACUUGGAAAAAGGUUCCGUGGAAACAUCAACACUAAGUUCUGCGUGCUUUCAUACGUGAUGGCUUUUAUAGAGAAGAAAUGAUAUUGAAUUGGAUUUUCCUAAGAGUUCACUAUACGUAUCUCAAAUCAGCACAAUCCUCUCUAAGCAAAAGCAGAAACAAAAGCUCCCUACACAGACUUUAUAAUUCGAGAAGGAUAUCAAAGUUACAUAUAUUACAAUAGCGUACUGAGGAGGGAUCACCGAAGAAAUAGUUGAAUAGACUGUAUCAAAGUCUAAAAGUUGCGGACAGAAGUACGUAGCAUACAUUAGUUAAUACGAAUAAUUGAUACUCA